UCUACCUAAUAUACCGAGAGAUAUCUGUAUUUUAAAGAGCUACAUCUUACCUUCCACCAGGAAUAUGAAUACGGAAUGAUCACAACAUUAUUUUUUACUCCAAUAUUUUCAUCAUCAAAAUUCAUACUCACCAUUCAUGAGUAACACAACGUGUGCUACAAUGUACCAGUGGAAUAUGAUCUAUUCAACCGUCAUUAACACAUGUUUCCAUCCCCUAAAGAAAAUGCCACCAAAUGCACAAGUUCUUGUAGCCCAUGGUCCAUAUGAAGCAUGUGGAAAUGUUGAUUAUAGAACUUCAAGACUUGAAGGAUUACAAGCAAUGUUACAUAAAGAAGGACACACUGUAGAACUUGAGGAGAUUGAUGACUGGAACAAAGUAGAAAUAUGGGUCAAUGGCGAAAAAGUUUUUGAUUGUAAAAUUCAAGAUUUAGAAUAUGGAAGUGAUGGAGAACUGGAUCCUCUUUGCCAGAAAGCUGUGGAAAAUGUAAACAAUGCAUUCUGAUAAGCAAAAAAUGCAGGAACUCAUCAAGGGGCAAUAACUUAUUUUGACAAUUGUAUUCAUAUAAUGUAAAUAGUUUUACUGUGUAUGUAAUGUAAAUAAUGACAGAAGUAAAGUAUGUUUUUCAAA